AUGAAGAGGAAACAGAAGAGGUUUCUGCAAAUGACUUUGUUAUUCACUGUGGCUUUAAUUUUCUUGCCCAACAUUGGACUCUGGUCUUUGUACAAGGAUAAACACCUGGAGAAAUCAGCAGAAUCCGCGGAGCACCAGACAUUUCCACUGGGCCUAGGAGAUGGGCAAUUCUAUUCCUGGACAGAUGGUCUGAGAAGAAAAGACUGGCAUGACUAUGAGAGCAUUCAGAGAGAUGCUUUGCGCUCAGGGAAAGGUGAACAUGGCGAACCAUACCCCCUUACUGAAGAGGACCACGAUGACUCAGCUUACAGGGAAAAUGGCUUCAAUAUUUUUGUCAGCAACAAUAUUGCUCUAGAGAGGUCUCUGCCAGACAUCCGCCACGCUAACUGUAAGCACAAGAUGUACCUUGAAAGGCUGCCAAACACCAGCAUCAUUAUCCCAUUUCACAAUGAAGGCUGGACCUCACUCUUGCGGACCAUACACAGUAUAAUCAACCGAACACCGGAGAGUCUGAUAGAAGAAAUCAUUCUAGUCGACGACUUCAGUGAUAGAGAACACUUGAAGGAUAAAUUAGAAGAUUACAUGGCUCGGUUUUCCAAAGUGAGAAUUGUGCGCACCAAGAAGAGGGAAGGACUCAUCCGGACCCGACUUCUGGGAGCUUCUGUGGCCAGAGGCGAGGUGCUGACCUUCCUGGACUCCCAUUGUGAGGUCAAUGUGAACUGGCUGCCCCCUCUCCUCAACCAAAUUGCACUAAACCACAAAACCAUCGUGUGUCCCAUGAUCGAUGUCAUCGACCACAAUCACUUUGGGUAUGAGGCACAGGCUGGGGACGCCAUGCGAGGAGCCUUCGACUGGGAAAUGUACUACAAAAGAAUUCCCAUCCCUCCAGAGCUCCAGAGGGCUGAUCCCAGCGACCCUUUUGAGUCUCCUGUUAUGGCUGGAGGUCUCUUUGCAGUGGAUCGAAAGUGGUUUUGGGAGCUGGGUGGCUAUGACCCAGGCUUAGAAAUCUGGGGAGGAGAGCAGUACGAAAUCUCUUUUAAGGUUUGGAUGUGUGGAGGAGAAAUGUUUGACGUUCCGUGUUCUAGAGUCGGUCAUAUCUACAGGAAGUAUGUCCCUUAUAAAGUUCCAUCUGGGACCAGCCUGGCAAGAAACCUGAAGCGCGUGGCUGAGACCUGGAUGGACGAAUUUGCUGAGUACAUUUACCAGCGGCGGCCGGAGUACAGGCAUCUCUCCACCGGAGACAUCUCUGCCCAGAAGGAGUUGCGGAAGCGACUCAAGUGCAAAGACUUCAAAUGGUUCAUGGCUGCGGUGGCCUGGGACGUGCCUAAAUACUACCCUCCGGUCGAGCCCCUGCCUGCAGCGUGGGGUGAGAUCCGAAAUGUGGCAGCCAACUUAUGUGUGGAUAGCAAGCAUGGAGCGACAGGGACCGAGCUGAGGCUGGACAUCUGUGUCAAGGACGGUUCCGAAAGGACAUGGUCUCACGAACAGCUCUUUACUUUCGGGUGGAGAGAAGAUAUUCGACCCGGUGAGCCUCUGCACACCCGAAAAUUCUGCCUGGAUGCCAUCUCACACAGCAGCCCGGUCACUCUCUACGACUGUCACGGCAUGAAAGGGAACCAGCUCUGGGGAUACCGGGAGGACAGAACAUUAUUUCAUCCUGUGAGUAACAGCUGUAUGGACUGCAACCCCGCAGAGAAGAAGAUUUUCAUGGCCAGAUGUGACCCUCUCUCUGAGACUCAGCAAUGGAUUUUUGAACAUAUCAACAUGACUGUCUUAGAAAAAAAUAGCCACUAUACCAUCUCCUAGAAAGGAAAGAAGAGAGAUUACCUACAG